AUGGCAAGAAUUGCUGGUGACAACGGUGAUGUCAUUGACGAGCCCAACGUCCCAGGGUCCCUCCAGAUCAUGGGGGAAUUGGUGUUUCAGGGAUAUUUCAACAAUCCACUCGCGACGUCUGCCACGUUUUCUAAAGAUGGAUGGUUUAUCACCGGAGAUACUGCCUUUAUCGAUGACUCUGGCUAUUUUCACCUCUGCGGGCGAACGAAAGAUCUCAUAAUAAUAAACGGUGUUAACUACUAUCCCCAUGAGCUUGAAAAUGCUAUUGAAGAAGCCAAUCUACCUGGGCUAUCCCCUACAUAUACUGUGGUCUUCUCUCAUCGUCCCUAUGGUGCCUCAACCGAAAGAGUCGUGGUAGUGUACUCUCCAGCCCAUAACCACAGGAGCCCCGAAUGCUUUUCAGCAUCAUCCGACGCAAUAUCAAAAAUUACUGCCAGAUUAUUCGGGGUAAGCCCAUAUCAAAUAGUGCCCGUUGAUAUGAGAUUGAUCCCGAAGUCUACUCUUGGAAAAAUCUCGCGGUCAAAUAUCGCUGCAGAAUAUCGCGCUGGCAAAUACGAUGCACAUUACGAAAUGGCAGCGGAAAGCAUUAAGAUAUAUCGUCGAACUCAUCUAAGGCGCCCCACAAGUGAAUCUCAAAGAUCGAUUGCUAAAUUGUUCGCGGAGAUGUUCCACACACCAAUCUCAGAAAUCGGAGUUGACACCAGCCUCCUUGACAUGGGAGUGUCUUCUAUCGAACUAAUCGCUCUGAAAACCAAAGUACAAAAGAUUCUCUGUCUGGAUCAGGAAAUACCGUUGAUAUCGGUGUUGUCGGACCCUACAGUCAACGGCAUCGCAGAAGCAAUAUGUCAAAUACAGCAGUCGAAGCAAUACAAUCCCGUCGUAAAACUUCAUACCUCUGGCGACAAAAGUCCACUUUGGCUUGUUCAUCCUGGUGUUGGGGAAGUCCUCGUUUUCCUGAAUCUCGCCAAGUAUAUCAACGAUCGCCCCCUGUAUGCCCUUCGAGCCCGCGGAUUCGAGGAAGGUGAAGUGUUUUUCAAAAAUCUCAACGAAAUAUUCACAACGUACUUUCGACACAUCAAGGAGAUACAACCUCAUGGACCCUAUGCAAUCGCAGGAUAUUCCUUUGGUGCGAUGGUUGCUUUUGAAGUCGCUAAACUUCUCGAAGCAAAUGGCGACAAAAUCAGGUUCUUAGGUUCUUUUAACCUACCCCCGCAUAUCAAAGAUCGUAUGCGCCAGCUUGACUGGGUGGAAGCCGCUAUCAACCUUUCCUAUUUCUUAGAUCUGAUAUCAGAAGACUAUGCCCAUGAAAUAUCGCCUAGCUUACAUAAACUCUCUAACGACGAGGUUCUCGAUCAUAUCAUAUCUUGUUCACCGCCGAAUCGUUUGGCAGAGCUAUCUCUAACCAAGAAGAAAUUGAAAACCUGGAUUUCCCUUGCCCACAAAAUGCAGGAAGCUGCAUUAGAGUAUGAACCUUCCGGGUCCGUGUCCUGCAUUGAUAUAUUCCAUGCUAUACCUUUGAAACAAGCUGCGGCAAAUCAGACGGAUUGGGUCGAUAAUAAGUUGAGUAAAUGGGCCGAUUUCUCGCGGGAGUCACCUCGAAUGCACCAUGUGGAUGGUGCCCACUAUACGAUGAUGUCCCCGGAGAAUAUCUUCACGUUUCAAAAGACGCUUCAAAAAGCACUCUACGAUCGUGGGCUUUGA